AUGUUCGCACCAAAGUUACACUUUUUAGGCCGCUCCUUUUGGGCGGCAACUUUGCUGCUGCACUUCUUGCAGCUGGCUUCAGGGGCUGAUGGAUUCGGGUUGAAUCUGAUGGCGGUGAACAAUGAGGAUCGGUCGGAGGGCGCCUGCAUCCUGGCACUGCUCAGGAAGUACUUUGACUCUGGCGACAGUCUGUCCGGCUCGGUGCUGUGCAUCAGCCGCAACUAUCAGCUGCACAACGUCCAGGAGCGGCUGCUCCGUGGCAUGAAUUUGUAUGAGGGUUAUCCCUGGACACUGCUGGUCACGAAUCCCAGGGAGGAGUCCUCUCUAUCCGGUGAGUUCGUGAUGCACGAGAAGCCGCAAUGCUAUUUCCUGAUGGUAGGGAAUCUCGAGGACGAGGACCUGGACGAGGUGUUCGACCACUGGAAGGGCAUGCUGAACUGGAACCCACUCGCGCAGUUUGUGGUCUACCUGGCCGCCGUGGAGGAGACGGACGAGGAGAUGACCGACCUGAUGGUGGAGCUGCUGCUCACCUUCAUGAACAAGAAGAUCUUCAAUGUGAACGUGAUUGGGCAGAGCGAGGAGAACGAGUUCUACUACGGCAAGAGCGUCUUUCCCUAUCAUCCGGACAACAAUUGCGGCAAUCGGGUGAUAGCCGUGGAGCUGCUCGAUGCCUGCGACUAUCCGAGUGAGAAUGGGGGCGACACGGACUAUGAGUAUGAGGAGGAAGAUGAUAGUGAAGGCGAAAACGAAGGGGAUUUCGAGGAAGCUGAUGAAAAUGGGGGAGAAGAUGAGGCCUCUGACGAUGAAGUUGGAGGGGAUGAAGUUGCUGAGGAUGAAGAUAGAGAGGAUGAAGCUGGAGAGGCUGAAGAUGGAGAGGCUGAAGAUGGAGAGGCUGAAGAUGGAGAGGCCGAAGAAAAAGAAGCUAAUAAUGAUGAAGAUGAUGAAAAAGCCGUCAUCGAGGAGUUUUAUCGCGCAAAGUUUGAGGAUAAGUUUCCAAGCGAUCUGAGUGGAUGUCCCCUAACCGCAGCCUUUCGUCCCUGGGAGCCGUACAUCUUUCGCAGCGGAGAGGAGCCUGUGGAGGACUACUACUACGGUGCGCAGGGCGAAGGGGAUUACAAUGAGACAUCCAGCUAUGGGGAUCCGGGAGAGGAAAGCUAUGCGGAUGCAGAGGACGCGGACACCAGCGGCAUCCUCGAGGCAGAUGCCGGCCAGGAUGGGACCAUGGCCAAGCUCAGCGGCAUUGAGUACCAGAUGGUGCAGACCAUUGCGGAGCGUCUGAAUGUGAACAUCGAUAUGCAGGCGGAGAAUAGCAAUUUGUAUCAUUUGUUUCAGCAGCUAAUCGAUGGCGAAAUCGAAAUGAUUGUGGGUGGCAUCGAUGAGGACCCAAGCAUUAGCCAGUUUGUGUCCAGUUCGAUUCCCUACCACCAGGACGACCUCACGUGGUGCGUGGCACGGGCCAAGCGGAAGCACGGCUUCUUCAACUUUGUGGCCACCUUCAACGCGGACACGGGCUUCCUGCUGCUGCUCUUCAUUGUCACCUGCUCCCUGGUGGUGCUGAUGGCGCAACGGCUCACAGGCUUCCGCUUGCGGAAUCUCAACAAUUACUUUGCCAUUUGCCUGCGAAUGUUGGGCAUACUCUUGACGCAGGCCAUGCCCGCGCAGUCGCUGUCGUUGGUGCUGCGGCAGCUCUUUGCGCUCUCCUUUCUGAUGGGCUUCUUCUUCAGCAACACCUACCAGAGUUUUCUCAUAAGCACGCUCACCACGCCGCGAAGUUCGCAUCAGAUUGAGUCCCUGGAGGAGAUCUACAGCCAUCGCAUGAUCAUCAUGGGCAGCUCAGAGAAUGUUCGACACUUGAACAAGGAAGGAGAGAUCUUUAAGUACAUUCGGGAAAAGUUCCAAAUGUGCUACAACAUCGUGGACUGCCUCAAUGAUGCUGCAAACAACGAGCAUAUCGCAGUGGCCGUCUCCCGUCAGCACUCCUUCUACAAUCCACGCAUCCCGCGCGAUCGUCUCUUCUGCUUCGAUCGCAGGGAGUCGCUCUACGUGUAUCUGGUCACCAUGCUGCUGCCCAAGAAGUAUCAUUUGCUGCACCAGAUCAACCCGAUCAUUCAGCACAUUAUCGAGUCGGGCCACAUGCAAAAGUGGGCACGCGAUCUGGACAUGAAGCGCAUGAUCCACGAGGAGAUCAAUCGCGUGCGCGAGGAUCCCUUCAAGGCGCUGACUCUGGCUCAGUUCCACGGGGCGUUUGCCUUCUCCAGUGGCCUGCUGUUGAUCUCCUUUGGUGUCUUUCUGAUCGAGUGGGCAUAUGUGAAGUGGUUUUAUGCCAGAGCUCGGAGCUGA